AACGUGGUCUGGAAACGGAGAAAAAAAAAAUCCUACAAUCCUUGUGAUCAGGUCUGUCUCUCUGCAAGCGCGCCAAACCAACUUUGUUUAGGCGUAGCCAAGCAAUUAGGAAAUAACCCACUUUCCGUCCGUCACUCAAAAAAGGCUUUUGUCUCUUGCGCGCCUUCCCAGGUAACAUCAGAGAGAUGGCAUCGCAUUUUCAAUCAUCGGGCCGCGGGGGCGCCGGCAACAUCGUGGACAGCUCCAAGUCGCCGCAGCUCAAGCCCGAGGAUCUCCAAACUCCAACUCUCAAGACCUCGAUGGUGACGACGGGCCGCGGCGGGACAGGCAACUUCGCCGCCGGGCUCGACGCCGAGGAGAAGCGCCGCCGUCAGGACGUUGAGCCCGUCGUCCGCCGCGACAGCCACGGCGCUAUGCACAUCGGCCGCGGAGGUACGGGCAACGUCGUCAAGACGGGCGGCGCCGAGGACGGGGCGCCCCUGGCCCGGAUGAGGUCGCCCGCGCCCCCGGCCGCGGACAAAGACAAGGACAACAAGGACAAGGAGAAGACGGCGACCGGCCCCCCGGGCAGCACGAAAGAAAAUGGCCGCGGAGACGAUGACGACGACGACGACGACGAUAAAGACGUGGCCGUGCCGGCGGCGGGCAGUCAACCGGCGUCGGAGGAAAUUGGUUGGGCAGAGAAGGGCAAAAACUUCCUUCUCGGGAAGAAAUGAUUCGGGAGCAAGGGGGGAGUCUGGGAAGGGCAGACAAUGGGACCUGGGGGCGGGCGUUCUUUACUUUAGCGGCGUUUGGGCGAAUGCUUGAUUGUCUGGGGAUAUCCGUCUGCGUGUGUUUUAUGUGUAUGGUCGGAGAUGGGGGUGUGGUAUGUUGCUUUGGUGUUUU